AUGGAAGGCAAGAAUGAGCUCUUCCAAAGGCUGAAGCAGGACUGCGUAGCGCUCGCGCAAGCAGCUGCAUCGUACAAAAGCGGCCGGACUGACCAGAAGACUCUCGUCGAUCGGCUAGAAAAACUCGAGCAUACGGUCACCUCAGCGACGUCUUCUCAAGGCAACGUAUUCGACGCAAAGUUGGCCGAAUAUGUCUUCUUCCCGAUCGCGCAGCUGCUCCGAGAGUCAAAGACACUCUCAAUACGCUGCCUAGAGAUAUCCCUUCAGUGCAUCGCCACACUUGUCGACAAGGGCUGGAAACAAGACAUACCUCCCCAGCUAGCGGCGCAACUGGUGAUCUUGUGCUCAAAUCUCGGAGACAAGUCACCCAAAGGUCUUUCGUUCUCCGAGACCACAGAUGAGCUGCAAACAUCGAGCUUCUGGUGCUUGUAUCAUGUUUUCACCGGGCUGGCGAAGAGCAAUGAGGGUAGGAAGACCUUGACAGACGAUUUAGCCUUUCCUCAGCUGGGACAGACUAUCUCCGUGCUUCUAGAUGGCGUUCAAGACGGAAAGUCAAUGGAGCCUCAAGUUGCUGGAAGUGCAGCACUGAAAGCACUCGUUGCCGAUGUGAUCGAUGCGGAGGCACAGGCCAACUUCUUGCCAGGUCUUGUGUCUCGACUGACGAAGAUCUUGACACCACAGACUAAACAGAGACGCAAUCACAAAACUCUCAUUGACUGCUUGGGUGUUCUCGGGGUCUUGUUGAAGAAUACAGUGGGUGAUGAGAAACGUCUAUCCAGUGAGGACAGCUUGGCUGCCAGCUCACGAGAAGCGACAGUCACGAGUGCACAGUGGAAAGAUGCCGCCGCCACCCAGAUCAAGCCAGCCAUCAGCAACAUCUUACGCCUCAAAUCGCACGCCCGAGACGAUGUCAAGGAGUCUUUGGCACAGCUAUGCACAGUUCUCCUUCGCCACUGUCGACGAACACUCGAAAACUGCUCUGAGCUUGCUCUCGAUGCGCUUGUCACAAUGGCCUCAGGCUGGGAAGACAGUGCAAUCACAUCUGAUCUCCGCUCAUCGCUACGUAGUGAUCGAUCUAUCGUUGGGCUGCUCCAAAGUAUGCUUUACGAACGGCUUCGGAAACUUGCAUUGGUCAUGCAAGGCCAUGACGAAGACAUCAAAGCAGCUACAACCUCAUACAUCACCACUAUGUACACUCUGCUCGUCGAGGUCGAGGCAGACAUGACCACGAUCGACCGCACUUUGAUGCUCGCACUACGUGAUAGUGCCGCGCUUACCAUCGCACCCCAGUCCAGGAAACAAGAACUUGCCAUGCCAGCAUCACCAAUACAGGCCGUGGGUUUGGAUGUGCUGAAAGUGCAGACGAAGGACUUCAGCUUCGCUUCUCAGCUGGCCAGGUACAGAGGCCAGGAAACUAAUCUCAACCGUCUGGAUAGCAUUAUGAGAGUGGUUGCGAAAUACAGUGCAUCGUCGAGCCUUGUCACGGAAGUCACCAAAGAUCUGCGCUACUCAGUUGGCAACAUGCAGAUAGCUAACCUGUGGCUUCUGCUAUUGAGUACAGAAGUGGCCGUGAAAGAGGCACAUGCUCCAGACAAUUUCCUUCAAUUCGAGGAAGAGGGACCAGCGGCCUACGGUGAGUCUCUGGAGGAGCUCUACGCCUUCUCGCUGUCCACCUUGGCGGAGUCUUCAGACCAGCCGCAGGACCCGAGACUUUUAUCGUUGGCACUUCGAGGCUUAGCACUUCGCGCUCAGACUGCAGGUCAGGACUUCCGAUACGAGCUGGUGGACGCCCUUUACCCGGUCCUGCACACGCUUGCGACUCCAGACGACCAGCUGCAGCGUGACAGCAUAUCGACGCUUGAUGCCUUCACAUCAGCUUGUGGCUAUGCAUCUACAAGAGACUUAAUCGUGGAAAACGUCGACUACCUCACCAAUGCUGUGGCUUUGAAGCUAAAUGCGUUCGAUGUCUCGUCGCAAGCGCCGCAGGUCUUGCUGAUGAUGGUUCGCUUGGCAGGUCAAGGUCUCCUGCCGUACUUGGAAGACACAGUAGAAAGCAUGUUUGCGGCUUUGGAGGAUUACCACGGAUACCCACUACUUGUGGAAUUGCUUUUCAAGGUGCUCAGUGCUAUGGCAGAAGAAGGUGCUAAGGCCCCACAACUUGCGAUCACAUAUGAUCAGAGCAAGGGACCAGAAACAGUGGAGACAGACGGAUGGCAGCCGAUAACGAUGGAAGGCCUGGUCGCGCUCUUGCGAGGGGAUGCAAAUGAAGACGAGGAUCUGCCUUCAGCCGAGCCACUGGAGUCGCACCCGCAGCGACCUUGGAAGGUUGUCGAAGACAAUCCCGAAGAUGCAGAGGCAGAUGCGGAGAAAGAGGAGGAUGCAUUGCUCGAACCGCAUGACGAGGCGGACCUUCCUCCACCAGCUCCGAAGACUUACAAUCUCCUCUUCAAGAUCACAGAGCUCACGCAGCAUUUUCUACCUUCAGCAUCGCCAUCGCUGAGGACGUCACUGCUGUCUCUGAUCAAGGUCACAGUGCCCGCGAUAGCUCGCCAUGAGAAUUCGUUUCUGCCGCUGAUCAACACCCUGUGGCCUGAGAUCGUAGCCCGUCUGGAUGACGAGGAGCCGUUUGCUGUGGCAUCUGCUAUCGAUGUUAUCGGAGUACUAUGUGAAUAUGCCGGAGAUUUUAUGCGAAGUCGUAUCGAUCAAGUCUGGCCGAGACUGAUGGAGCUGUGGCAAGCUACAACGAAGAAAGGUCUACCUAAGCAGAAGAGCGCCACUGCAUCCCUCGACAUUAUCCAGCGUCACGAUAAGCCGUCCUCCCAUCUCUCGCAUUCUCACCACGGCGACACAUCCAGUCGGAUGAUCCGCGAAGCUUUGGAGUCGACAAUGACGAGAAUCGUACAUUUCUUGCAGACGUCACCCGAGAUGUUUGACGAGGCACUGCUCGUGCUUCAAAAUGCCCUAGAUCACACCAACACUCGCCAGGCGCUUAUGCAAAGCAAUGCAGAUGCUCUCUGGCUCACGGACGUGAAGCGUGGGCGAACUGAUCAGCCGGACAUGCCACCCGUGCCCGACGCAAGGCCUUGGGAGUUCGCACAGCUGCCCAGCGUGGCUUCGAGGGAUAACACGUCGUACCGCCUCAGGUGUAUCAUCAACGGAGACGUCAAGACUGCAUCGAGCGACAAGCCGUAG